AUGUUCCAAACUAUGCCGUCAGGCAGCGUAGAGCCUCUUCCACCCCCAUUUACCUCGUUUGCACAGUUCAAGGAGGCGCUCGAUGAGUACUACAUUAAGACCGGUGGGAUGGGCGCAAAUAAUCCGCGCAUGAGGCGGCCGUAUCACCGCCCUCACAUUGCCACAGAGAGGAUUAAUGCCCACGACGGCACGCCCUGCGUGGUCGCAUGGCAACAAUACACUCGCGGCUUCCCGGAUCAGCCUGAAGAGAGAUUCGGUACCCGCAGAGUCCCCUUUGGCAGUUUCCAAGUCUAUUUGCCGUGUCCUACCACAGAUGGUAGUCGGGAUGAUGUGGAGAUAGACCGCGACGAAACCACUUCUCGCGUGGCAGAGCUACUCGAAUCUAAAACGUACAUGACGCGCCAUGGCGCCGAAGUUGAUUUCCGCGACCGAUUAGAUGUCUUCGGGUUGGCGGUGCGCCCUGGCUCCAGCCGCGAAGAGUUGGUGUCGGCCUGCAUUGCGCACCAGCAAUCCGAGAUAGCAGCGCGGAAUCAGGCGAGUGGUGCUCAAGAAGGGGGGGAUAGUGAGUUCCAUAUCUGGCGGUGGAAUAUCUGCGGGGCAGAUGUUAACCAAAACAACUACGCACACUCCUUGGUUGUUGUAGAGCCUGCGCACCAUACGGAUGUGGAGGAUGAGGAGAAAUGGGCGGGCGACAAGACAACGUUCCUUUUCGUCUGGUUUGAUCGCGAAGAACGGGAACGGGAUGAGGAAGACGAGCUGAGUUGCCCCCCUGUCAAGGUGCUGGUCAAGCAGGGACUUCAACAAGCUGCUGGGGAGAUGUACAGAAUGCGAGGCGCUGGAGACGGCAUCAUAGUGAAUACGCUUGAAAAGUAUACGGCUGAUUUUGGCGAGCCAUACCCGCGUCCAGAGCCUGUCGUGAAGCGGCCGACUAGGUACCAGCUUAUCCGGCGACGGCAGAGGCGGGAGCAAGGACUGCCAUCUGACGAUGAGGACGAGGACUGGGACGACGAUAAUUAG